UAGUGAACAUGUUUAUGCCAAGAGCUCUUAAAGUAAAAAGAGCCUUAGACGUCUCUAAUCAAGUUGUAAAGAAAUGUAAGGUGAGCGCGGAGCAAGCCGGUGAGUGCUCUAAUGAGAACGUGACGUCUCAGAGUCCUGUUGAAGUGCCCUACGAUGGGACUCUCACAGACACUGAGCAAAAGCAACCCGACGAUCACUGCGAGGCUGUCCCAGGCAGCCCACACGCAGAGACCGGUUCAGACAGAGGGUCGGGAGAAUUUCAUGAUUCUGAGGUAGAGGACAGCGAAGAGGAGGAGCCCGUGAAAGCGCUCAAGAAGAGUCAAAGAUGGCCAGAACCUGGAGAGCCCGUAUGUGUCGUGUGUGGUCGAUAUGGAGAGUAUAUCUGUGACAGCACCGAUAACGAUGUGUGCAGCCUUGAGUGCAAGGCCGAUCACCUAGCCCAGAUGGGCAUAGCUACACAAAAGCCUCCCUGCUCCCCUGAUCAACCUGAGAGGGAAAAGUCUGGGCCGGCAGCACUGUCUGCUGUGUGUGCUGGGAGCAGUGUUGAGCAGGAACAGGGCUAUUGCUACAGAGAGGAUAGUUUCAUCUCCAGUCUGACCGAGGAACAGGUCCAGAGGGUGAAGCAGGAGCUGGGGAUUGUGACGCAGGGCCAGGAUGUUUUGAGACCCAUCAUAGAGUUUGAACACUGCGACUUCCCUGCGGCUCUGAGCGCCAAUCUCAAGAAGGCUGGCUACGAGGCUCCCACCCCGGUCCAGAUGCAAAUGGUCCCCGUCGGAUUGGCGGGCCGGGAUGUGAUCGCCAGCGCGGAUACGGGCUCUGGGAAAACUGCUGCCUUCCUGCUUCCCGUUGUGGUGCGCGCCCUGGAGAUAAUGGCGGUCCCUCAGCACGGUCCGGCAGGCCUCAUCCUGACCCCGACGCGAGAGCUGGCCAUCCAGAUCGAGAGGCAGGCGAAGGAGCUGGUGAUGGGGCUGCCCAACAUGAGGACGGCCCUGCUGGUGGGCGGCAUGCCUCUACCCCCGCAGCUCCACCGGCUCAAGCGGAACAUUAAGAUUGUAAUAGCCACACCAGGACGACUCCUGGAGAUCCUGAAACAGAAGGCAGUACAGCUACAUGAAGUGAGGAUUGUGGUGGUUGAUGAGGCUGACACCAUGCUGAAGAUGGGCUUCCAGCAACAGGUCCUGGAUGUCUUGGAGCAAGUCCCAGAGGACCACCAAACUCUGUUAACGUCUGCCACGAUCCCAGUGGGCACAGAGCAGCUGGCCACACGGCUGACCCAGGACCCGGUCCGGAUCACAAUUGGGGAGAAGAACCAGCCCUGCUCCAACGUUCGGCAGAUAGUUCUGUGGGUCGAGGAACCUUCAAAGAAAAGGAAACUGUUUGAAAUUUUGAAUGACAGGAAACUGUAUCAUCCGCCAGUGCUGGUGUUUGUGGACUGCAAACUGGGGGCGGACCUGCUUUGCGAGGCAGUGCGCAAAGUCAUGGCUCUGAACGCUGUGGCCAUCCAUUCUGACAAGCCCCAAUGUGAGCGCAACAGGAUUUUAAAGGGUCUGCUUGAAGGGGAGUUUGAAGUUGUCGUCAGCACAGGAGUACUGGGCAGAGGUCUUGACCUGGUCAAUGUCAAACUGGUGGUGAACUUCGACAUGCCCUCUAAUAUGGAUGAAUAUGUUCAUCAGGUUGGGAGAGCGGGAAGACUGGGCUAUCGAGGGACUGCCAUCACGUUCCUGAACAACAACAACAAGCGUCUGUUCCUGGAGGUGGUGAACAGAGUGAAACCCACAGGGUCCCUGCUGCCCCCCCAGCUCCUUAACUCCCCCCACCUCCAUGAGCAGCAGAGGAGGGAGAGACAGAAGAACAAGAAGGGGGAGGACACCAUCGUCGCCAAGAAUGACCUCAUUGACAUCAUCAGAAAACACGACAGGAGCACUUUCAAGAAGCAGUCCCACAUACCCUGA